GGUUGACGCUUUGUUCGGCGGUCGGCCACUUCCAAGAUUCGCCGGCUGCCGCCUAGUUGCUGAGCAGCACUCGCUCCGCGCACCGCUCCAGAGCUCCAGGAUGGCGUCGUUCCUCGUCCAGGCGGUGCUGUGCCUCUGCGCGGCCAGCCACGCCGCAGCCGCCCCCGCGGACCAAGCAUCCCCACUCCCCGCGGCCGCGGCAUUCGACGGCCCUCUCGACCUGACGCACCCCCUCAGCAAGGCGGCGCAGAACUGGCCGGGCGCCCGGGGCUUCAACUUCACCCUCCAGGUCGCGCAAGAGUUCCCCGAGUUCGGCGGCUUCGUCGCCUUCAACGAGUUCUGCAUGGCGGAGCACCUCGGCACGCACCUCGACGCGCCCUAUCACUUCAACCAGGCCGGCUGGAAGGUGCACGAGAUCCCCGUGAGCCGCCUCGUAGCGCCCGGCGUGCUGCUCGACGCGUCCGCGGAGGCCGCCGCCAACCGCGACCUGUUCCUGGGCGUGGAAGCGCUGGAGGCGUGGGAGGCGAGGCACGGCCGCGUCGCUGAGGGCAGCGUGGUCCUCGUGAGGUUCGGCUGGGCCAACAAGUACGCCGACCGCAAGGACUACUUCGGCGUGGCGACGGACGACCGCACCUCCAACGACACCGAGCACCUCAGCUUCCCGUCGCUGUCCGCGGAGCUGGCGCGGACCCUCGCGGCGCGCAAGGUGGCGGGCGUCGGCGUGGACACUCCGUCCGUGGAUCCGGGCAAGGCGGGCGACCACGCGCCCCUCGCGCACCGCGCGCUGGCCGCCGCCAACGCCUUCAACCUGGAGAACGUGAACCUGGCCACGACGCUGCUGCCACCAACCGGCUUCACGCUGCUCGUCAUGCCCACCCUUAUCGUGGGCGGCACGGGGGCGCCCGUGCGGAUCGUGGCGCUCCCCGGGAAGGGCGCGCUGGCCGCGUAGCGCCGCGCAGCGUCCAGCGAUGGAGCCAUGGAGCCCCGACUUCGAGAGGUGUGAUUGGCCAGCGAGGAGCUGCCUAAUCGCACCGUGGGAACAGAGGGAGGGGGAGAGGGGGAGAGAGGGGUCCCAGGUGUUUUCGUUGUCGUUUUUGUCCCCGCCGCCGCGGCCUCGCAUCACCCCUCGCCGUCGUUCUCGUCCUCGGCGUGGAUGUCGACACACGGCAUCUCGCUGCCCCGGGAGAGCGGGAAGGGACGCGCCGCGGCCUUGGCCGGACCGAACCAACUGCAGUACGGUACUCUGCAAGUGCGAAAACGGUUUCCAAAAUGGCCCCGGAAGGAAGCACCCUUCGGGCGGAGCGGGACGGGGCGCUUCCUCCCGAUGAGAAGGGGAAAGGGGGCGAGGCAAAGACCUUCAAGCGCACCGAGCCGAGUCCUCGCCGGGGUCCCGGGGUCGCGGCACGGCAGGCAUGGCGCGUCCAGCGCAUGCACGAAGUGCACGAAGGUGUGACGACAUUGCGGCGCAGUUGAAUGAGACGACGAGCAGCCUGAGCAGCCCGCGCGGCCCGGCAGGCACCUGCCGGCGUGCAUCCCAGAGUGCUUCCGCUUCCAGGCUGGCCAACUGCCCCGCCAUGCCCCACGCUCCGCAUUCAGCGCGCCCUUUCUGCACCCGCUGUCGACACUUGAGCAUUUAGCGGCGUUUUGGUGCAACCGCUCGCGGCUAUGGCCUGGCCGGCCACGUGGUCGGGCCACUCUAGAAUGUCGCGGCGGGCGGGUGGCGCAACCCGCGGCCAACCUCCAACCGAAGCGACCUUUCACAAUCUCCGGGGAAGUGUCCCUUCCCUCCCUUCUAUCUCAUUGUAAUGGGAAGCAGAUAACCUCCUCCACGCAGUGCCACCGCUCAGCCCCCCCCUCUUUUCCUCUCGUUUCCUCAAUGGCUCGAAGUAAUAUUUAUCAAUGGGCUCCGGGGGACUUGUCAGAAAUCUAUGGAGUGUGGAAAUGUAUUUUGUAAAAAUAAAGACACUUAGAAAUUCA